AUGGCCGCUCAACUGCCACAUCUCCCGGAUGUUGAGAGAAUCAGCCCACGUGUUGUCCGAAUUCUAGGCGGCAAUCCCAGCAAAUACACUCUCCAGGGCAGCAAUACAUAUCUGAUCGGCCAGGGUCGUCGCAGAAUUCUACUGGAUACCGGAGAAGGCAAGCCAGCAUGGAAGGCAACCUUGCAAACAGUUCUCAAGGAUGAGAAUGCCGUCAUUGAAAAAGUCAUCCUGACGCAUUGGCAUGGAGAUCAUGUUGGUGGCGUCUCGCAAGUUUUGGAGCUUUGCGAUGAGAAACCUGCUGUUUAUAAGAACCAGCCUGGUGAUGGACAGACCAACUUUGAAGACGGAGAGGUUUUCAGAACGGAGGGUGCUACGCUUCGGGCAUUUCAUUGUCCGGGUCAUACUGUUGAUCACAUGGCGUUUAUACUGGAGGAGGAAAAUGCCAUGUUCACCGCUGACAAUGUUCUGGGUCAUGGGACGGCUGUUUUUGAGGAUCUCACAGCGUAUAUGGAUAGUCUGACGAGAAUGGAGAAGGUCUUCUCUGGUCGUGCGUAUCCUGGACAUGGCGCUGUAAUUCAGGACGGAAGGGCGAAGAUCAAGGAGUAUAUCUCGCAUCGUAAACAGCGAGAGCAGGAUGUUCUUGGAGUUCUCAAGGAGAAGCCUACUUCUGGUCGGGAAGGGUGGGACAGUAUGGAUGCUGUGAGAAUCAUCUACAAGGACUAUCCGGAAAACUUACAUGAACCUGCCCAUGGCGGACUCAAGCAGGUUUUGAAGAAAUUGGAGAGUGAUGGGAGGGUGAAGCAGUUGGAAGAUGGGGCAUGGCAACUCAGUGGGAAGGCAGCUCUGUGA